CCCUCCCUCCCUCUCUGUCUCUCCCGUGGUAGCAGGAGCAGCGCGGGCGGCGGGGCUGGAGCGUGGCUGAAGCGGCCAUUCCUACCGAGCGAGAGAGAGCGCAGCGUGUCCCCCCCACCCCGGGCUCAGUCGCGCACAGGAGAUGCCCUCGGCUACCAACAGCACCAUGGCGAGCAGCACCACCGGCAGCGCCACCGGCAAAGCGGGACCGGGCAGCGAGGCUGCCCCGGCGACGGCGGCCCCGCAGGCGGCGGCGGGUGUGAACAUCACCACGGUGCAGACCGAGGCCAUGAAGCAGAUCCUGGGGGUGAUCGACAAGAAGCUGCGCAACCUGGAGAAGAAGAAGAGCAAACUUGAUGAUUACCAGGAACGAAUGAACAAGGGAGAACGUCUGAAUCAAGAUCAACUGGAUGCAGUGUCAAAAUACCAGGAAGUGACAAAUAACCUGGAAUUUGCUAAGGAACUGCAGAGGAGUUUUAUGGCUCUGAGCCAAGAUAUCCAGAAAACAAUAAAGAAGACAGCUCGUAGGGAGCAGCUGAUGCGAGAGGAGGCUGAGCAGAAGCGUUUAAAGACGGUGCUGGAGCUGCAGUUCAUCCUGGAGAAGCUGGGGGAUGAUGAAGUGCGCAGCGACCUCAAACAAGGAUCCAGCGGGGUGCCCGUGCUGACAGAGGAGGAGCUGACCAUGCUGGAUGAGUUUUAUAAGCUGGUUUACCCUGAACGAGACAUGAACAUGAGGUUGAAUGAGCAGUAUGAACAAGCAUCUGUUCACCUGUGGGACUUACUGGAAGGGAAGGAAAAACCAGUUUGUGGAACAACCUAUAAAGCACUGAAGGAGAUUGUUGAACGGAUUCUUCAGACCAGUUACUUUGACAGCACCCACAACCACCAGAACGGGCUGUGUGAGGAAGAGGAGGCAGCACCUGCACCUGCAGUAGAAGACACUGCAGCAGAGGCUGAACCCGAUCCAGCAGAAGAAUUUACUGAGCCAACUGAAGUUGAAUCAACUGAGUAUGUAAACAGACAAUUCAUGGCAGAGACUCAGUUCAGCAGUAGUGAGAAGGAACAGGUAGAUGAGUGGACAGUUGAAACGGUUGAGGUUGUAAAUUCCCUGCAGCAGCAGACACAGGCGACGUCUCCUCCCGUCCCGGAACCUCACGCACUCACUGCUGUGGCUCAGGCAGACCCCCUGGUCAGGAGACAGCGAGUACAGGACCUCAUGGCACAGAUGCAGGGCCCCUACAACUUCAUGCAGGACUCGAUGCUGGAAUUUGAGAACCAAACGCUUGAUCCUGCCAUUGUAUCUGCACAGCCCAUGAACCCAGCACAGAGUUUGGACAUGCCCCAAAUGGUUUGCCCUCCAGUUCAUGCUGAGUCAAGACUUGCCCAGCCAACCCAAGUUCCUGUGCAACCAGAAGCUACACAGGUUCCCUUGGUUUCUUCUACAAGUGAGGGAUAUACAGCUUCCCAACCCAUGUAUCAGCCUUCUCACACAGCAGAGCAACGGCCACAGAAAGAAUCAAUUGACCAGAUUCAGGCUUCCAUGUCCCUGAAUGCAGACCAGACCCCAUCCUCAUCAUCACUUCCCACUGCAUCCCAGCCACAGGUGUUCCAGGCUGGAUCCAGCAAGCCUUUGCAUAGCAGCGGAAUCAACGUCAAUGCAGCUCCAUUCCAAUCCAUGCAAACAGUAUUCAACAUGAAUGCACCUGUUCCUCCUGUGAAUGAGCCAGAAACCCUUAAGCAGCAAAACCAGUACCAGGCCAGUUAUAACCAGAGUUUCUCCAAUCAACCUCACCAAGUAGAACAAUCAGAUCUCCAGCAAGAACAACUCCAGACAGUGGUUGGUACCUACCAUGGCUCCCCGGACCAGAGUCACCAAGUGGCAGGAAACCACCAGCAGCCUCCCCAGCAGAGCACUGGGUUUCCCAGGAACAGCCAGCCUUACUACAACAGCCGGGGGGUGUCGCGGGGGGGAUCCCGCGGGGCCCGCGGCCUCAUGAACGGCUACAGGGGCCCAGCGAACGGCUUCAGAGGGGGAUACGAUGGCUACCGUCCUUCCUUUUCCAACACUCCAAACAGUGGCUACACACAGCCCCAGUUCAAUGCUCCUCGGGAUUACUCAAACUACCAGAGGGAUGGAUAUCAGCAAAAUUUCAAACGUGGCUCUGGACAAAGUGGACCUCGGGGAGCUCCUAGAGGUCGUGGAGGGCCCCCCAGACCAAACAGAGGGAUGCCUCAGAUGAACGCUCAGCAAGUGAACUAAACACAUUCACAGGAUUCCGUUCAACGCCAAAAACACGCUGGCCAGUGUACCAUACAUGUUACCAGAAGAGUUAUUAUCUAUUUGUUCUCCCUUACAGGAAGUUUGUUGUAAAGGGACUAUUUUCAUUACCCAUAAUGACAGGACUACAGUUGCCAGCUUUAUAUUCCCUGGAUAUUGAAAGGAACGAAACAACGUUUACUCUGCAUGUUCUGUCCUAAGCAUCAUCUUGAGCCUUGCACAUGAGAUUCAGAUUCCUCACCCUUGCUAAGAAUAAAGUAAAAAAGGCAAUUUUCA